AAAUCAAGACACCCUCGUGACGUCAUCAGUGCGCGCCCACUCGACCAGCGGCGGCGAAGGCCCCCCAGAGGCCCUACCACGUGUUGCUACUAGAUGACACCUUUCGAGGCUCCGGAGCAGCCAUCAUGCGGAGGCCCAACAUUCUGCUGACGGGUACUCCAGGUGUUGGGAAAACUACUCUAGGCAAAGAGAUAGCUGCAAGAAUAGAUUUUACUUACAUCAAUGUGGGUGAUUUGGCCAAAGAAGGAGAACUAUAUGAAGGCUUUGAUGAGGAAUAUCAGUGUCCAAUUUUGGAUGAAGACAGAGUAAUUGACGAAAUGGAAGAUAAGAUGAGUGACGGUGGUGUUAUAGUUGAUUAUCACAGUUGUGACUUCUUUCCUGAACGUUGGUUUAAUAUUGUAUUUGUGCUUCGCACAGAAAACUCAUUCUUAUAUGACAGAUUGGAGAGCAGAGGUUACAAAGGAAAAAAGCUACAAGACAAUAUUCAGUGUGAAAUUUUUCAGACUAUUUAUGAGGAGGCCAUGUCAUCUUAUAAUGAAGAAAUUGUAUAUCAGUUGACAAGCAACACGCCAGAGGACAUGGAACGGAAUUUAGAUCAGAUUAUACAGUGGAUAGAACAGUGGAUAAAAGACAACAACUGACUUCUGAAAAUAUGAUCAGAGCAAUCAUUAAAAAUCAGUCAAUGAAAUGACUGCUUGUGUAGUCAACUGCAGCUGUUUUUUCAGUCAUAGAGGAGACAGUAUCUCAGAGGAAUAUUUCACUCAUUCUAGUUGAACUCAAGUGAGUGCAGAAUGAAGAAUUUUAAAAUCUGAGAUUUUGUUUGGAAUCAGGUAUCAUAUACCUUCUUCAAAGACAUUAUGUUUAUGUUCAUCUUCUGAGAUAACUUAUCUGGGUGUUAUGGCUGCUAACUGUUUAAUCCCUUUAAAAUCUCUUUAAAAUUCUCUUGGAUUGUUACAAGAACUUUUUCUAAAUUCAAGGACCAUUGCAGUUUCUGAAAAUAAUACAGAAGAUUAAUUUAGGUCCAGUUCACAUUGCAGAAAUAAUCCAGUUGGAGACUGCUUUAACUGCCCUGGCUCAGUGCUAUGGAAUCCUGGGAAUUGUAGUUUGUUGUGGUACCAGAGCUCUCUGAUAGAGAAGGCUAAAUGUCUCACAAAAGUACACUUCCCAGAAUUCCUUAGCAUUGAGCCAGGACAGUUAAAGCGGUCUCAAACUGGAUGAUUUCUGCAAUGUGUUUUUGACUUUAUAUACAAGCUAAUGGUUUGCUUGUUUCAUCCCUUUUGAAAGUAAGAAAGUUUAACACUAAAAUAGCUCUUGUUUUGGGUGACAUCCCCCGAAGUUUCAAGGGAAUUUCAAGGGGAGGUUGGGAAAAAAUACAUUAAUUGAGGUGUAUUCACAAAUUACAGUCUAUUAGCAAAAGUUUACCACAAUUAUAAUAAUAGCUUCCAUAUAUUACUAGACUAGUCUUCAUUACAGUUGUAUAUGUAACAAAAAUAUCUUCAGGAAAAGACUGCUUUCAACAGAACAAACUUUUUUGAAAGAAGAAUCUACUGCUAUCACACAAAAGACAUUUCAUCCUAGCAGACCUGUGUAUUAGCUUACAAAUGUCUCUUUAGAGGGUUAUGACCAUUAUUAUAAUUGUCUUCCAUAUCCAGUUCACUGAUCCUGCAACAUUACAAUAUUACUUUGCACAUAUACAUGAGGUUGGAAUAUUGUACUCCAUCAAUACAUCUAGAAAUGGAUCAUAAUCCAGAAAAGCUCAUGCUAAAAUACCAGUAAGUGGAAAUAAUUUCAAGAGGAGAUUUGAAAGGGAGACAAUUGGAUUGUGAUUUAUCAUCAAUACUUUCCCCUUCCUUUACCCCUUUUUUGCAUACUGAAGCAGACUAAUUAGGCUGUCUUUGAAUAUUAUUUAUCACCUCCUAGUUGACAUGAAGAUCUGAAUUAUAAAUGUCUCAUCCUUAAUUUAAAGAGAUUAUAGAAAGGAAUUUGCUUUCAUUUCAGGAUGAGUUUAAUUGUUUUCUAAAUUUUAGUUGUGUUUUGGGUUUUUUACAUUGGCUGCUGUUUUAUAAUAAAUAUGUUAUGAGUUACACUCUCUCAGCCUCAAAGGAAAGCAAUGGCAAUCCCCUCCUUGAACAAAUGUUGCCAAGAAAAUACUGUGAUAGGGUCACCUUCCACUUGCUUUAAGUAUGAAACAACCUGAAGACACUGAACAACAAUUGUAGUUCUUAUGUGUCUUCAAAUAGACUCUAACUUCUGGUAGCCCUAUAAGAUUGGCAAGAUUUGUUCAGAGUAGUUUCCAUUGUUGCCCCCUAAGGCUACAAAUGCAACUUGCCCCAGGUCAGCCAGUGGGUUUCCAUGGCUGAGCGGGGAUUUAAACCUUGCUCUCUAAGGUCCAAACCCAGUACUGAAACCAUCUUACCAGCUCUCAAAGGUGGCAUAUAUUAGACUACUGUGCGUCAUUUACAUUAUCUGAUUUUCUUAGGCCCCAAUGCUAUCCUAAGCUGUAAACAGGUGAUCUCAAAUAUGCUUGCUGCCACUCAACUUGGAAUUGAGCAGCACUGGAGAAGCUUGAAAGAUCUUUCCUUCAGGAGAUGGCUAGAUAGAAUUUAAGAUGUUGCCCUUUCAGAGAAGUUAACAUAUUGGAUGAAGUUGGCUAAAGGACUGACUAGAUAUGACACACGUGAGGAACUCUGGUUCCCUUUUCUUGUUUGUUCAGAUUAUACUUGAUCCCCUUUUAGCCUUCCUCAGAUUUUCUGAGGAAAAUCUUUUUAACUGUAUUAUAAUGGAAAAGUGGUCAGUCAUUUUGGAAAAUCCUUUUCCAUUUUAUGACAUAUUUGGUUCCAAAGGUAUCCAUGUUUUCCUUUGUUAUUUCCCUCAUCAAAUUGUUGCUUUUGCAUUGUCUUUUUGCUGUGUUUUUUUCCUAUUUGGUAUGUACAAAAAUUGUAAUAAAGAUUAUUUUAAAACAGUGGCAAUUACAGUUGGCCCGCCAUAUCCAUGGAUUUUUGCAUCCACAGAUUCAACCAUCCAUGUCUUGAAAAUAUAUAUUUUUUAAAUUCCAAAAAGCAAACCUUAAUUUUGUCAUUUUACUUAAGGGACACUAUAUCCAUCGGGGUUCCUGGAACCAAACCCCAGCAGACACAGCAGGCCUGGCCCACUGCAUGUUUUUUCAAUGCAACAAAAUAUUUUUAAGUGCAGGCAGAGAUGCUUAAAAACUACCCUAAUUGAGAUAUGUUUUCUUUUGAGUAAAUGAGGCUACAGCACAGAGCUGGGAAUGUGUCACUUUCCAGAUGUGGGCUACAAUUCUGUUUCCUAAAGUGUGACUGCUGGCUUGAAGCCUUAACAUCUGGAGAACCAGAAGGUCCUUGCUUCUUUUUUAAAAAUGUUACUAACCUAUUUAAGUUUGCAGCCAAUCAUUACCACAAAGCAGGAAAAAAAAUCAUAAAGUACAUAAACAUCCAGGGUUUGAAGUCUUUGUUAAUUAUAAGUUUAGAAGUUAAUUUUGACAGAACAUGCUUAACUUUGUACAGUAUAUCUCAAAGGAUUCUAAAAGUUUAGCAGUUGACUCUAAUCCACACCUCUACCCCAUCUUGGAGCUGUGUAAGUGCUCUGCUUUUAAUCUGUAUUUUUCUGAGAUAAACUGAAAUAAACUGUAAAGGACCCA